AUGCCUAGCUCCUUACCUGCCCUCUUUCCCCUUUCCCUUCUCCCUCCCCUCAACCCCGCCAAGUAUUUUCAGGCCCUUUCCAGGGAGGAGGAGGAGGAGGAGGAGGAGGAGGAGGAGGAGGAGGAGGAGGAGGAGGAGGAGGAGGAGGAGGAGGAGGAGGAGGAGGAGGAGGAAGGAAAAGGAGGGGAAGGACGACUGAGUGCAGUGCAGAGCAUGGUCGUGGUUGCAGUGAGUGCAGUGCAGAGCAUGGUCGUGGUUGCAGUGAGUGCAGUGCAGAGCAUGGUCGUGGUUGCAGUGAGUGCAGUGCAGAGCAUGGUCGUGGUUGCAGUGAGUGCAGUGCAGAGCAUGGUCGUGGUUGCAGAGAGUGCAGUGCAGAGCAUGGUCGUGGUUGCAGAGAGUGCAGUGCAGAGCAUGGUCGUGGUUGCAGAGAGUGCAGUGCAGAGCAUGGUCGUGGUUGCAGAGAGUGCAGUGCAGAGCAUGGUCGUGGUUGCAGAGAGUGCAGUGCAGAGCAUGGUCGUGGUUGCAGAGAGUGCAGUGCAGAGCAUGGUCGUGGUUGCAGAGAGUGCAGUGCAGAGCAUGGUCGUGGUUGCAGUGAGUGCAGUGCAGAGCAUGGUCGUGGUUGCAGUGAGUGCAGUGCAGAGCAUGGUCGUGGUUGCAGAGAGUGCAGUGCAGAGCAUGGUCGUGGUUGCAGUGAGUGCAGUGCAGAGCAUGGUCGUGGUUGCAGAGAGUGCAGUGCAGAGCAUGGUCGUGGUUGCAGAGAGUGCAGUGCAGAGCAUGGUCGUGGUUGCAGAGAGUGCAGUGCAGAGCAUGGUCGUGGUUGCAGAGAGUGCAGUGCAGAGCAUGGUCGUGGUUGCAGAGAGUGCAGUGCAGAGCAUGGUCGUGGUUGCAGAGAGUGCAGUGCAGAGCAUGGUCGUGGUUGCAGAGAGUGCAGUGCAGAGCAUGGUCGUGGUUGCAGUGAGUGCAGUGCAGAGCAUGGUCGUGGUUGCAGUGAGUGCAGUGCAGAGCAUGGUCGUGGUUGCAGAGAGUGCAGUGCAGAGCAUGGUCGUGGUUGCAGUGAGUGCAGUGCAGAGCAUGGUCGUGGUUGCAGUGAGUGCAGUGCAGAGCAUGGUCGUGGUUGCAGUGAGUGCAGUGCAGAGCAUGGUCGUGGUUGCAGUGAGUGCAGUGCAGAGCAUGGUCGUGGUUGCAGAGAGUGCAGUGCAGAGCAUGGUCGUGGUUGCAGAGAGUGCAGUGCAGAGCAUGGUCGUGGUUGCAGAGAGUGCAGUGCAGAGCAUGGUCGUGGUUGCAGAGAGUGCAGUGCAGAGCAUGGUCGUGGUUGCAGAGAGUGCAGUGCAGAGCAUGGUCGUGGUUGCAGAGCGUGCAGUGCAGAGCAUGGUCGUGGUUGCAGAGAGUGCAGUGCAGAGCAUGGUCGUGGUUGCAGAGAGUGCAGUGCAGAGCAUGGUCGUGGUUGCAGAGAGUGCAGUGCAGAGCAUGGUCGUGGUUGCAGAGAGUGCAGUGCAGAGCAUGGUCGUGGUUGCAGUGAGUGCAGUGCAGAGCAUGGUCGUGGUUGCAGUGAGUGCAGUGCAGAGCAUGGUCGUGGUUGCAGUGAGUGCAGUGCAGAGCAUGGUCGUGGUUGCAGUGAGUGCAGUGCAGAGCAUGGUCGUGGUUGCAGAGAGUGCAGUGCAGAGCAUGGUCGUGGUUGCAGUGAGUGCAGUGCAGAGCAUGGUCGUGGUUGCAGUGAGUGCAGUGCAGAGCAUGGUCGUGGUUGCAGAGAGUGCAGUGCAGAGCAUGGUCGUGGUUGCAGGGCAGCAUGAUGGCCGCAUGGACAUGGCAGGCCGCAUGGACAUGGCAGGCCGCAUGGGGAAGGCCGCUCAUAAUGUUUGUGAUGCUGAUGAUGACGUGGCUUCGGGGAGAGGCAAGGGGCGUGCAAAGGGUGGAGGGCAAGAGAGGAUUGCGGAGGGACGGGCGGAAGGGAGGAGCGCGGGGAGGGACGGGGAGAGGGGGGAAGAGGGAGGUGAGAGGGGAGGGGGAGGGGUGAAGGAAAUGUUUGUGAAAGAAUGCCCGAAGCAGCACGGGGGGGUGGAGGAGGCGAGGGGCGGGUUGGGCGGCAUGGAGGAGGGGAUGGUGCAGCUGCAGCAGCGGCUGAGGUCUGCGGAAGCCAAGGCGGAAGAGGUGCUUCUGGUGAAGCAGGAGCCUGCGCAUGCAGGGAGGGAGACCAUUGCUGCUUCCUCUUGCCCCUCUGCUUCCUCGCCACUACCCCUCUCAUACACCCCCCCUCCCCACCCGCGCCUGCACGUAUCCCCUCAUGUGCGUUCGCACUCCCAACGCCAGCGCAGUGCGGUUGGCAACAGAUGGAGAGGAAAGGGUGGCACAGUGGUUGGGCGAGGUGAAGCGGGAGGGGAGGUGAGGAGCGCAGUGCAGUGCAGAGCGGACGGAGCAGCUCUCCAUCCUCUGAAAGGCAGCAAGAGGAGCGGACAGGAACGCUGCCAGCAAGAGGAGCGGACAGGAACGCUGCCAGCAAGAGGAGCGGACAGGAACGCUGGCAGCAAGAGGAGCGGACAGGAACGCUGGCAGCAAGAGGAGCGGACAGGAACGCUGGCAGCAAGAGGAGCGGACAGGAACGCUGGCAGCAAGAGGAGCGGACAGGAACGCUGGCAGCAAGAGGAGCGGACAGGAACGCUGGCAGCAAGAGGAGCGGACAGGAACGCUGGCAGCAAGAGGAGCGGACAGGAACGCUGGCAGCAAGAGGAGCGGACAGGAACGCUGGCAGCAAGAGGAGCGGACAGGAACGCUGGCAGCAAGAGGAGCGGACAGGAACGCUGGCAGCAAGAGGAGCGGACAGGAACGCUGGCAGCAAGAGGAGCGGGCAGGAACGCUGGCAGCAAGAGGAGCGGGCAGGAACGCUGGCAGCAAGAGGAGCGGACAGGAACGCUGGCAGCAAGAGGAGCGGGCAGGAACGCUGCCAGCAAGAGGAGCGGACAGGAACGCUGGCAGCAAGAGGAGCGGGCAGGAACGCUGGCAGCAAGAGGAGCAGACAGGAACGCUGGCAGCAAGAGGAGCGGACAGGAACGCUGGCAGCAAGAGGAGCGGACAGGAACGCUGGCAGCAAGAGGAGCGGACAGGAACGCUGGCAGCAAGAGGAGCGGGCAGGAACGCUGGCAGCAAGAGGAGCGGACAGGAACGCUGGCAGCAAGAGGAGCGGACAGGAACGCUGGCAGCAAGAGGAGCGGACAGGAACGCUGCCAGCAAGAGGAGCGGACAGGAACGCUGGCAGCAAGAGGAGCGGGCAGGAACGCUGGCAGCAAGAGGAGCGGACAGGAACGCUGGCAGCAAGAGGAGCGGACAGGAACGCUGGCAGCAAGAGGAGCGGACAGGAACGCUGGCAGCAAGAGGAGCGGACAGGAACGCUGGCAGCAAGAGGAGCGGGCAGGAACGCUGCCAGCAAGAGGAGCGGGCAGGAACGCUGGCAGCAAGAGGAGCGGGCAGGAACGCUGGCAGCAAGAGGAGCGGACAGGAACGCUGGCAGCAAGAGGAGCGGACAGGAACGCUGGCAGCAAGAGGAGCGGGCAGGAACGCUGGCAGCAAGAGGAGCGGGCAGGAACGCUGGCAGCAAGAGGAGCGGACAGGAACGCUGGCAGCAAGAGGAGCGGACAGGAACGCUGGCAGCAAGAGGAGCGGACAGGAACGCUGCCACAGCUCUGCACAAUUCCCUUUCGCACCUCCUGCCCUUCACUUAUCCUAUCCCCUCUCUUUCCCCUGCCCCUCCCCUCCCCACUCCCCAUCCCCUCCCAUCCAACCCCAGCUAGUGGACUUGGAUUGCAAGCGCAAUGCAGGCAGGGAGGAAUAACACUAGUGGAUCUGGACCGGCAGCGCAAUGCGGGCAGGGAGGCCAUCACGGCGCUCAAGAAGCAUGCCAGAGGGGCGGCUGCCAGGAGAGCAGGGGGGCGCAGAGAGGGGGGCUCUGGAGGAGGUUCUGCUGGGGGAGGUGCUGCUGGGGGAGGGGUUGCUGGGGGAGGGGCUGCUGGGGGAGGUGUAUCUGCAGCGGCGCACAGGCCACUUGUAACCCCCCUUCCUGCGGUGCCAGUUGGCACGUCGGGAUUGGAUGGGAGUUUGGAGUGUGCGGUGUGCGGGAUGGUGGGGCAGAAGGAGCGAGUGUGGGUGGCGAUGGGCGGCGGGGAGAUGUUUGUGCGCUUGCCACUGCACCAUGCCCACGUUCAUGUGAAGCGAGCUGUUGACCGCAUGGACGAGCAGAUGGAGGAGGGGAGGGAGAAGCAGAAGGCGGCAGUGAGGCAGCUCACAGAGGAGGGCGGGCUGGCAGGCCGGGUUGGCGAGGGCAUAGUGCAUGCCUUGACCACGUUGAAGGAUGCUGGUAAAUAG